UGACAUGAGUGUCAAGAGUGGGCUCUAGAGUGAUCCACCUCGCCCAGCCUCAGCCCCUGUAAGACCCUUCUGUGUCCCACUCCUACACCCACCUACCCACAACCCACUACACUGACCCCAGCCAGACGACCUGACCAUGCCCACCACCGGCCUCCUCUGCCCCGGGCUCUGGGCCAAGGCUGCCCCUUGGUGGUCCCUUCACCUGCUCCUCUUUGACCUGCUCAUCUCUGAGGCCCUGGCCAGCCCUAACAACAGAUUCCCCCCUUCCACCAAGAGGGAGAUCACCAUCGACGGGGACCUGGUGAUCGGCGGACUGUUCCCGGUGCACGAGAAGGGUGAGGGGGUGGAGGACUGUGGGAAGAUCAACGAGCAGAGAGGGAUCCAGAGACUGGAGGCGAUGCUUUUAGCGCUGGAUGAGAUCAACGCGGACGAGAGGCUGCUGCCAGGCCUCAAGCUGGGAGCCCACAUCCUGGACACCUGCUCUAAGGACACCUACGCUCUGGAGCAGAGCCUGGAGUUUGUACGAGCCUCCCUCACUAAGGUGCACGAGCCGGGGUUCAUCUGUCCAGACGGAUCCAACCCCAUCCAGGAUGAUGUCCCUCUGGCCAUUUCUGGAGUCAUCGGGGGCUCCUACAGUGACGUUUCCAUCCAGGUGGCCAACCUCCUGCGCCUCUUCCAGAUCCCUCAGAUCAGCUACGCCUCCACCAGCGCCAAGCUCAGUGACAAGUCUCGCUAUGACUACUUCGCCCGCACCGUGCCGCCAGACUUCUACCAGGCCAAGGCCAUCGCCGAGAUCCUGCGUUACUUCAACUGGACCUACGUGUCCACCGUGGCAUCCGAGGGCGAUUACGGUGAGACAGGCAUCGAUGCCUUCCAGCAGGAGGCCCGCGCCCGCCAGAUCUGCAUCGCCACCUCGGCCAAGGUGAGCCGCUCGAUGAACCGGUACAGCUUCGACCAGGUGAUCCGCUCGCUGCAGCAGAAGUCCAAUGCCAAGGUGGUCAUUCUGUUCACACGCAGUGAGGAUGCCAGGGAGCUGCUAGUGGCUGCCGCCCGCAUGAACGUCACCUUCAUCUGGGUGGCCAGCGACGGCUGGGGGGCUCAGGAGAGUGUUGUGAGGGGAAGUGAGACAGCAGCCGAGGGGGCCUUCACCAUCGAGCUGGCCUCCUACCCCAUCCGGGAGUUUGCCGACUACUUCACCAAGCUGAACCCCUACACUAACACACGGAACCCCUGGUUUAGAGAAUUCUGGGAGCACCGCUUCGACUGUAGUCUCACAGAGCUUGGUUGUAGCGAACACAGUCUGCGGGACGGCAAGUUUGAGCAGGAGUCCAAGAUCAUGUUUGUAGUGAACGCAGUGUAUGCUAUGGCUCAUGCCCUACAUAAUAUGAGGCAGGCAGUUUGCCCACUCAAUGCAACCAAGAUCUGUGAUGCCAUGAAGCCAGGCACCGGGAAGAGGUUCUAUAGGGAUUUCAUCCUCAAGGCCAAGUUCGAUGCUCCCUUCAGACCUGCCGACACGGAGAACAUUGUGCGUUUUGACACCUACGGGGACAGUCUGGGCCGCUACAACAUCUUCCACUACCACAAACAGGAUGAUAAAUACGUGUAUAGGAAGGUGGGUUACUGGGCCCAGGGCCUGAUCCUGAACACCAGCCAGGUGCCAUGGAGGGGCCCAGCCGGAGCGCCCCCCACCUCCCAGUGCAGUGAUCCUUGCAGGAAGAACGAGGUGAAGAGCAUGCAGCCUGGAGAUGUGUGCUGCUGGAUCUGCAUCCCCUGCCAGCCCUACCAGUACCUGCUGGAUGAGUUCACCUGUGCAGACUGCAGCUUCGGACAGUGGCCCCAGGCCAACCUGACAGGCUGCUUCGACCUCCCAGAGGAGUACAUCCGCUGGGAGGAUGCCUGGGCCAUUGGGCCUGUCACCAUCUCCUGCCUGGGCAUGUUGUGUACCCUUUCCGUGGUGGGCCUGUUCUUCAAGAACAAUGACACCCCUGUGGUCAAAGCCAGCGGCCGGGAGCUGUCCUAUAUCCUCCUACUCGGAGUCCUAAUGUGCUACAGCAUGACCUUCAUCUACAUCGCCAAGCCCUCGAUGGCCGUGUGUACCCUACGUCGACUAGGCCUGGGAACCUCCUUCGCCGUGUGCUACUCGGCACUGCUCACUAAGACCAACCGCAUCGCGAGGAUCUUCAGCGGGGUGAAGGACGGGGCCACACGGCCACGGUUCAUCAGCCCAGCCUCCCAGGUGGCCAUCUGCGGUGGACUUAUCUCCUGUCAGCUCCUGGUGGCUGUGGUCUGGCUCCUGGUGGAGAUGCCUGGCGUGAGGAAGGAGGUGAGCCCCGAAAGGAGGGAUAUAGUCACCCUGAAGUGCAACAGCAAGGACUCCAGCAUGCUGGCUGCUCUGGCCUACAACUGCGUCCUAAUCGUCCUCUGCACAGUCUACGCCUUCAAGACCAGGAAGUGUCCAGAGAACUUUAACGAGGCCAAGUUCAUUGGGUUCACCAUGUACACCACCUGUAUCAUCUGGCUGGCCUUCCAACCCAUCUUCUACGUCACAGCCAGCGACUACAGGGUUCAGACCACCACCAUGUGUAUCUCUGUCAGUCUGAGUGGCUCUGUGGUGCUAGGCUGUCUCUUCGCUCCUAAGGUCCACGUCAUCCUAUUCCAGCCCCAGAAGAACGUGACUACAUUAAGGGUGCCUGCCAACCGCUUCGGGGCCACGGUCACCACAACAUCAGCCUCCGUCCCCAGCUCCUCAAAAGCGGUAACAACGGUGUGUAACGGUCGUGAGGUGGUGGACUCCACUACGUCCUCUUUGUGAAGAAGGUUGAGCUGCUCGUAUCAUUCCUCCGUUCUCCAAACAACACAAGCUACAGUGCCAUCUGAAAUCAUCCCCUCUCAUGCAACAAGGCUGCUGAUGACAUAACGCUCAUGUCAUAUCUCAAGUCCCAUUUACAGUAGAGACAAGUAGAGGCUUUCUCUAUUCAGACAGAGGACUGUGAAAGCUAAAUUAUGUGACUAUACAUACCAGUAUUACGUAAUGUAUGAGUGUAAAUCCUUUUUGUAUAGAUUUAACAACAUUGCAUUGAUUUUACUUGGUUUCAGGAUAGACUGCUGUAUGAAGGGUUGCAAAGGGAGGGUAUAUUACUGAAAACUUUCUAAGUUUACCAGUAAACUACCAGAAUUUUGGUAAUUUUCAGGUUUCUUUUGGAAUUUUAUAAAUGACAUCGAGUGGCCUUUUUAGUACUUCAGAUUAUCACGUGUCUGUAAUUAUGAAAUAAUUCAAUAAGUUGAUUUUAAAAUAAAAAAUACAAAGACAAGCAGUAAAACAUUAUCCUAAAUAUAAACCAUCAACUAAGUGAACACCAAUGGUGUUCAAUAUUUUUACAUUUACAUUUAAGUCAUUUAGCAGACGCUCUUAUCCAGAGCGA